UGUUGCAAUCAUGCAGCCAGCGCGCUGACAGGCACCGCACCGCAUGGAAUGUCCGUCCGUCUGCGAUGGAACAACAAAGCCCACACACUAGCUAGCUAGUUCACUAGCACAUGCAGCAGACGGGCAUGACCACACACGAUCUGCCUUGCAAUGACUAGCAGCCAGCCUCUCAGCCUGCCCAUCAUUUGCACGCCUCUAUCUUGUAGCUGCGCCCCCACAACUUCCCGAAGGGGAUCUCCACGCACGCGCCUUUCAGUGUCUGUUCCUGCAGGGACAACAGAGAGUGGAGAAAAAUCGCCAUGGUCAUCGCCAUGGGUCAUUGCCAUCUGAUAGGCAUACGUGGCCGCAUGUGGUUGCAACGCUCGGCUUGUAAUCUGAACGAGAGUCCGAACGAGAGCACGAUACACGAGACACAUCCAAAGAUCUCUGCCGCCAACAUACUUGGCGUACCAUUGCACGUAGAUGAGGGAUAUGCGGUGAACUUGACCUCAAUGCCGCUGUCGCAGAUCUUGCCGAUGUUGAAGCGCAGCCCCGGACCGGAGGAAGCUGGAAAUGGGACCAUUCACGUGCCCGUGAUGUCCGUUGCACCGCCUGCAGUGAAAAUAAACAGAGAUCUGCCUUUCGGCUUCCCAGAUCUGUGCAUCUCUUGCUUUGUCGUCCUUCUCUAUGCGUACAUACUGACCUUCGAACGUGUAAGACCCUCCUGCGUACUCAUCUGCGUUGUGCCCGGCGUUGCUCGUGUCCGAUGAGAGGGUGACCUUGAAGGAGGCACUGGCCAGCGGAAUGCCGAGCGGCUGGCGGUUUCAUUCACUUAUUCAUUCACGCCCAGUCAAU